AGGGACGCCAUGGCGGCGGCCGAGACGAAGAUCAUCUACCACCUGGACGAGCAGGAGACGCCGUACCUGGUGAAGCUGCCGAUCCCGGCCGAGCGCGUCACCCUCGGCGAUUUCAAGGGCCUCCUCAACCGCCCCAACUACAAGUUCUACUUCAAGUCCAUGGACGACGACUUCGGGGUGGUGAAAGAGGAAAUCUCAGAUGACAAUGCCAAGCUUCCCUGUUUCAACGGCCGGGUCGUGUCGUGGCUGGUAUCUGCAGAGGGUUCCCAUUCAGAUGCCGGGUCAGUCUGUGCCGAUAACCAAACAGAGCUGCCACCCUCCAUGGAGCGCACGGGAGGAAUCGGAGACUCCAGGCCCCCCUCUUUCCACCCUAAUACUGGGGGCAGUCGGGAAAACUUGGACAAUGAGACAGAGACAGACUCAGUGGUGUCGUCACAGAGGGAACGACCUCGUCGGAAAGAUGGACCUGAGCAUGCACCCAGAGUGAAUGGGACAGUGAAGGGAGAGCGGCGCCGAGACCUGGGCGGGUACGAAAGCUCCUCCACACUCAUGAGCAGUGAGCUGGAGACCACCAGCUUCUUCGAUUCAGAUGAAGAUGACUCCACCAGCAGGUUUAGCAGUUCAACAGAGCAAAGCAGUGCUUCCCGUCUGAUGAGGAGGCACAAGCGACGCAGGCGGAAACAGAAGGCUCCACGCAUUGAGCGGUCAUCAUCCUUCAGCAGCAUCACAGAUUCUACCAUGUCCCUGAACAUCAUCACUGUCACACUAAACAUGGAGAAAUAUAACUUUCUGGGCAUUUCCAUUGUGGGACAGAGCAAUGAGCGUGGUGAUGGCGGCAUUUACAUUGGCUCCAUCAUGAAGGGUGGUGCUGUGGCAGCUGAUGGCAGGAUUGAGCCAGGAGACAUGCUCUUGCAGGUGAAUGACAUCAACUUUGAGAACAUGAGCAAUGAUGAUGCUGUGCGGGUGCUGAGGGAAAUUGUGCACAAGCCGGGGCCCAUCACCCUGACGGUGGCCAAGUGCUGGGACCCCAGCCCCCGGGGCUGCUUCUCGUUACCCAGGAGUAAGUGGAUAGCUGACUCACCCUUAACGCUGGUGCCCAGCUCAUUUGCUCCCCAGCGGAUCUGGGCUGGGCCAGACUCUCCAUGCUCCGAUCCGGGUGAGCCUAUCCGGCCCAUUGACCCAGCAGCCUGGGUGUCUCACACGGCAGCGAUGACUGGCACCUACCCAGCGUACGGUAUGAGUCCAUCCAUGAGCACAAUCACUUCCACCAGCUCCUCCAUCACCAGCUCCAUCCCAGAGACCGAACGCCUCGAUGACUUUCACCUGUCCAUCCACAGUGACAUGGCCACCAUUGUCAAAGCCAUGGCCUCACCAGAGUCAGGCUUGGAGGUGCGUGAUCGCAUGUGGCUGAAGAUCACCAUCCCCAAUGCCUUCAUUGGUUCGGAUGUGGUGGAUUGGCUGUAUCACCAUGUGGAGGGCUUUACAGACCGUCGUGAAUCCCGCAAAUAUGCCAGCAAUCUGCUGAAGGCUGGCUACAUCCGACACACCGUGAACAAGAUCACCUUCUCCGAACAGUGCUAUUACAUCUUCGGGGACCUCUGUGGAAACAUGGCUAAUCUGUCCCUUCACGAUCACGAUGGCUCCAGCGGUGCUUCGGAUCAGGACACUUUGGCUCCACUCCCACACCCAGGAGCCGCACCCUGGCCCAUGGCUUUCCCAUAUCAGUAUCCACCGCCUCACCCAUACAACCCCCACCCUGGCUUCCCUGACCCAAGCUACAGCUACGGAGGGGGCAGUGCAGGCAGCCAGCACAGUGAAGGGAGCCGGAGCAGCGGUUCCAAUCGCAGCGGCAGCGAGAGGAGGAAGGAAAGAGAGAAGACCGGGGAGUCCAAGUCCGGUGGCAGCGGGAGCGAGUCAGACCACACCACGAGGAGCAGCAUGCGGCGUGAGCGUGCGGCCAGCGAGCGCUCGGUGCCUGCCAGCCAGCACAGCCAGCGUAGCCAGCACUCUCUGGCUCACAGCAUCCGCAGUCAUCACAGCCAGCAGUCGUAUGGGCCACCCGGCCUUCCCCCUCUCUUCAGCCCCCCCAUGUUGCUGAUGCCUCCACCGCCGUCAGCCAUGGGGCCCCCUGGGGCACCACCGGGCCGUGACCUGGCCUCUGUGCCCCCCGAACUGACAGCCAGUAGACAGUCCUUCCGAAUGGCCAUGGGCAACCCCAGUGAGUUCUUUGUGGAUGUAAUGUGAAGCGCCCGUCCUCUGUCUGUCUGCUGCCCCUCCUUCCCCACUCCAUCCCCAUCGUUUGUCUCCUAGGACCAGUCCUGGCUUCACCCCUUGUUUUUUGGGAUUUUUUUUUUUUUUGGUCUUGAUAACUAAAAGAAAAAAAAAGGGAAAAAAAAUAAAUGGAACUAAACCUUGAUUCUAAUCCCUCCUCAAGUGGGGUGGACGGGCCUGGCAGGCGUGCUGCAUACCACCAGCCCAUCCCGCCACCAGACUCAUGUAUUGCUGAUGGUCAUUCCCUCCUGAUGGUAAUUCCCUCCUGCCAUCCUCUCUAACCCCAUUAAUCCGCAUCCAUCCCAGCGCCCUGUGCUGCUUGCCCGUGUGUCGCUGCUGCCUCACUCUUUCCGCCCUAAACAUCUCUUCUUUCUUUUCACCCUUUUGUGUUUCUUCUAUCAAGCAGCAAAGAAUUACGGGGUGUUUGACUUUCUCUGAGCCUGCCGCCCGCAGGGGGGAGAGCUGGAGCGUGGCGUGGCCCGACAGGAGGACACGGAGCUCCAAGGGCGCUGGGCGCGCAUGGCGCUGAAGAUGGCUGCUUUUCUCCCCCUAGUGGAAGAUGCCCUGAGAGGGGAGCCGGGCCCAGCCUUACAUGCAUUUUAAAUCCCUUUGUAGUUGCCUUUUAGCCAAUGCCUGAAUGUUCCAGGGCUUCAGUGCCUGUGGGGAACGGGGAGAUGCUGCCCUUUGCCUCCGCUUUGUGCUCCGGCCUUGAGCCAGGCCUGCCUGGGGCAGAGCCCUCCUUCCCCCUGGCCUGUGCUUGGCACUGGGGCCAUGCCCCCUGCCUUACUGGCUAUGGGACUUGUGGGACUUGGGGCGAGUUCACACCUGGCCUGAAGACGCCUACAGGGAGCCUCUGCCCUGUUCUUUGCCCUCGUCACUUGUAGGGGCGAUCUUUGGGGCAGCUGUGGCCCUACCAUCACCCUGCCACGUAGCAGUGGGACCUCUUUGAGAGCUGAGAAUGCAGCCAAGGAGUGAGGGAAGGCACACUUCUGGGGAACACAGAGGUCCCCUGUGUUUGUCUGCGGGAAAGGACAGCGCUAGCCUUGCCCUGCUCCAUUCUCUGUGUACAAUGCCUGAGGGGGAUGUGAGCUUGGUGGGCAGGGGCUGCAGCUCUGCUGGGCCCACACGGAGAUGUGGGUCACUUGCUCCAGCACUCUUCAUCCUUCUUCCUUCUCUCAUGGGUGCUCAGAGCCACUCCUCUCCUCUCCUGCUGAGCUGUGGGAAAGAGACGUGGGGCCAUGGCUGCCUGCUCCCUCAGUGCCCUCCUGUCAUCUCCUUUGCUCUUCUGUUUGCAGUUCUUUUAUACUCCGGAGAUGAAAUGUAUUUUGCUCCUGGGCUCUGCGUUGUGCCCUCCUGCCUGCCCCAUGUGCCCCCUCCCCCCCACCACCACUCCCUCACGCCUCUCCCCGUGCCCAUGGGGCACAGUGUGGUGGCACUGCUCUGCUGCCCCCAGCACCCCCUGGCCCUGCUCGCUGCCUCACCUCACCCUGCCCUACCCGCUGGGUUUUAUAAAAACAGAACCAAUCUCCUUGUUUUUAUUU